CGCCUCCCCUUUAAGGCGCGGCGGCUGGCGCUGGCGUCCCCGCUGCUCGCGGCGGCCGCUCGGCAGCGAGGCCGCGGCGCUCGCCAUGGCCGCCCCGCCGCCGCCCCGCGCCCGCCGCCCGGCCCCGCCGCCCGCCGCGCUGCCGCCGCCGCCGCUGCCGCCGCUGCCCCUCCUCGCCCUGCUGCUGCUGCUGCUGGCCGGGGCGCCCCGCGGGGCCCGCGCUUUGACAUGUUUGUGCUCCAACUGCAACCAAGCAAAUUCCACGUGUGAAACGGAUGGCGCGUGCAUGGUCUCCGUCUUUAACCUGGAUGGCGUCGAACAUCACGUUCGGACCUGCAUUCCUGAAGCGAAGUUGGUUCCUGCUGGGAAACCCUUCUACUGCCUGAGUUCAGAAGACCUACGUAAUACUCACUGCUGCUACUCUGAUUUUUGCAACAAAAUUGAUUUAAUGGUUCCCAGUGGACACCUGAAAGAUAAUGAACCCCAGUCGAGCUGGGGUCCUGUGGAGCUGGUGGCGGUGAUUGCUGGGCCUGUCUUCCUUGUGUUUGUUGUCAUGAUCAUAGUAGUCUUUGUUUUUCAUCACCAUCAACGAGUCUAUCACAAUCGGCAGCGGUUGGACAUGGAAGAUCCCUCUUGCGAAAUGUGCCUGUCGAAAGAUAAGACCUUGCAAGAUCUAGUCUAUGAUCUCUCCACCUCUGGCUCUGGCUCAGGUUUGCCGCUCUUCGUCCAACGGACCGUAGCUCGAACUAUCGUCCUUCAGGAGAUCAUCGGUAAAGGCCGCUUUGGGGAAGUGUGGCGUGGCAGGUGGCGUGGAGGUGACGUAGCUGUGAAAAUCUUCUCCUCGCGCGAGGAGCGCUCCUGGUUUAGGGAAGCGGAGAUAUAUCAGACUGUUAUGCUGCGACAUGAGAACAUCCUGGGAUUUAUUGCUGCAGAUAACAAAGAUAACGGAACGUGGACCCAGCUGUGGCUUGUCUCUGAUUACCACGAGCAUGGAUCCCUCUUCGACUACCUUAAUCGGUACACGGUGACUAUCGAGGGGAUGAUUAAACUUGCCCUGUCUGCUGCUAGCGGAUUGGCCCAUCUGCACAUGGAGAUUGUGGGUACUCAGGGGAAGCCUGGGAUUGCUCAUAGAGACUUGAAAUCCAAGAACAUUUUGGUGAAGAAGAAUGGCACGUGUGCCAUCGCUGACCUUGGUCUGGCUGUCCGGCACGAUUCUGUUACCGAUACAAUUGAUAUUGCGCCAAAUCAAAGGGUUGGAACCAAACGAUAUAUGGCCCCUGAAGUCUUGGAUGAAACCAUUAACAUGAAGCAUUUUGAUUCAUUUAAAUGUGCGGAUAUUUAUGCCUUAGGCUUGGUCUACUGGGAGAUCGCUCGAAGGUGCAAUGCAGGAGGUAUCCAUGAGGAAUAUCAGCUUCCGUACUAUGACCUUGUACCCUCUGAUCCUUCUAUUGAGGAGAUGCGGAAAGUUGUAUGUGAUCAGAAACUACGGCCCAACAUCCCAAACUGGUGGCAAAGCUACGAGGCGCUGCGGGUCAUGGGUAAGAUGAUGCGAGAGUGCUGGUACGCCAACGGAGCGGCUCGGCUCACAGCCCUCCGCAUUAAGAAAACCCUCUCACAGCUCAGUGUCCAGGAAGAUGUGAAAAUCUAGCCCCUGAGCCCCAGCAUGAGGAAACUGCACAAAAGCUGCCAUGCUAGAGUAGACGUGUGAUGGAGGCCUACCUCGUGUUUCUGCCCAACCUACUGCUACCAACCAGACAGCGUGACCUACAGGCUGCUAGGUGGGAUGAGGAAGCCUAUUGAAUUGCUCUCUUCCCUACUUGGGUAUGAAACAAUCAGAAACCUUUUAUGAUCACCUCCUGACAGCACGAAGACUUGAGAGGGACUUGCCUUGAGGGAUCUCAGCCAUGAUCGUAACUUUUGUUUCUUUAAUGGAAAUCCCUGUAAAGUUCGGUGUGUUUGGUGCACCCCUUGGCCGGUGUUUGUGGCCUGGGUGCUCGGUGCUGGGAGUGGGAAGGGAAAGGGAAGGUUUUCUUGCCGUACUCUGAGGAUUUUCCAGGGACUGGCACAUUAAUGCAGAAAAAGCAUUGAAAAACAAAUGGUGCUCCCUUCUGAGAGGCUGAGCCUGGACAGUUUAUCAGCUUCAUGAAACCAUUUCCCUCCUUUUUCUUAAGCUUGAAAAAUCCUAAGACAAAAAAUCCGACUGGCUGUCAGUGUGCGCAGUGGUGUAUGCAUGCGCAGGACGCGCGUGUCCCCCGUGCCUGUUCAUCUCCUUCCGUAGACGUGCGUGUCUGCCUGUAGGGUCGCUCAUCUCCGUUUGUGCUUUCUGUGCAUGUGCAAAUCUAGAGUGUCCUUUUUUUGAGCUGUGCGUGCUGGUGCUCUCCUUGUUCAGUAGUGAGCGUUGUCUAGCUUGGACAGGCUGCUCGAAACCAGAUCCUUAGCUCUCCUGUGGGUGCCUUGCUGUCCGCGCGCCGGCUGCAGGAACGUCCCGUCGGGUUGCCUCACUGCCACCCCUUCCCUUUUUUAAAAAACAAAACGGAACAAAACAAAUGAGGAACUGACUUCACUCCUGGAAUCCAGGCUUGUGUCUUGAGCCCCUGGGGUUUAUAAUUCCUGGUAGCGUGAAAAGAGGCCUGGGGCGGGGGGGAUGCCGCGGAGCUGAGAUGCGCGUCCGAGAGCAGGCGCUGCGCCUGGCUGCGAGGAGACCGGGCUGCCGGGAAGCGCAGGGUAUCGUUCCUGCGGGAAUCCGAUUCCCGAGUCCACCACGGGGCAUCCGAGCGGGAGCGAUGCGCAGCUUGAGGCAGGCUGUUAGGGUCUGGGCUGCGAGGAGCUGGGUGCCUGCAGACUGGUCGUGCUCUGCCGGCGCCCCGCAGGCUCUGACGGCAGGUCGUGGGCUUGGAAAUUAGUGUCCAUCUUUUUAAUAUACAUAUAUAAAUAUCUCAUAAUCUGGAAGUGGCUGUGUAUAACUUGUGGGGUGGGGGGAACUGCAUGACUUUUAUUUUAAUUAAAUAACCGAUCAGGGUGAAGGAGAGUUGAUUUGACUGUUGUCUACAGCUGGGCUUAGCAAAGGUGGAAGUAGCCGAGGACUGAAUCUGUAGCGCUGAUUGCGACACUGAGGGCAAUCGUGGAAGUAUCAGUUGUUUGUUGGCUAGGUCAGUAUCUAUGGUAUAUAACUCUGAAGCCAUAACUUUUAACUGGAGUGGUUUUGAUUAUUUUUUUAUUUUAUGGGAGGGUCUGGAUUUUAACUUUUUUUAAUAUUGUUAAUUCUUUAUAAGAAAAGAAAAACAAUCUAUAAUUAUUACCUCUCAACCUGUUUGUUUGUAAAGAAAUCACUGCAAAAAAGGAAAAAAAACCAAAUGCACACAGCUCGAUUUACACUGGAACUGUUUCUACUCAAACCUUGAGCCUGCUCUGUAAGGUGAGGUUUCAUCUCUGCUCCGGCCACCGGGGUUAAUUUCUUUCUUUCUUUUUUUAUUUUCCUCUUUUUAAACACUCUGUUCUUGCCGUCUGUGUAUCUGUGUGUCUGUCUUCUCCCAGACCCCCUCUCUUGUCUGUGAUUUUUUUACCUGUGUCAAGUGCGAGGUGUUUUUUGCAUCACGUUUGGAGCCGUUUUUGCAUUCUCCCGUGGAUUUUAACUGUCGGGCAGUGCAAAGCUGUCUCGGGAGGGUCUGCAGACUUCAGACUGGUUCAUGGAGCGGUGCGGAGUGUGCGCUUUGUGAAUGUACAGCUUCCCUUCCCUUUCCGAUUUGUUCUGACUUGUUUCUCAGCCAGAGGUUACCGUGCGUCUCCAGUACCAUGCAUCCCUUCACCAAACCCCUCUGCAUUUAGGAACCGGGGGUGGUGGGCCCUAAGAUACCCAAAAGGCUCCUCAGCCGCGGUAGGAGGACCCUUCCCGGCGGGUCGGGGAGGAGGCGAACUGCCGUAGGAAAGCCCAUCACGCCGGUAGGUACGUGUGCCGCGAGCGUCCCGGGUCCCCGCGUCCGAGCGCGAGUCUCCCGUCCCCGUUAACUGUGCCGGCUGCUGCUCGAGGACACUAAAAUCAGCUACGUGACUUGCACUGACUCACUCACCCGCUCCUCCUGUAGCCACACAUGCACCUGCCUCAACGCUAAACCAAACAGCAGCCAGCGGAGCGGAGGGGGCGAGGGCGGGGUGGCGGUGCCCCCUCCGAGGAGCGCUGCUAAACCAGCCUCCGUUGCAGAGACGGAUGCCAUCGCAGGAUGGUCCAGCAGAGUAGGAUCCGAGACGGAAACGCUGACUAUGUAGCAUUUAUACAGCACUUUUCAUGCAAACACGUGCCAGUGAGGUGCAGUCGUUACUUAGCUGAGCGGUAGCAAACAUAGGAAUCGCUGCCCGGCUCUGAAACGUAUCGCGGCUCAGAGGUGGCCGCAGCCGCUGUUACAGGACGCGACACUACAGACGGCUCAGGAUGGGACCGAUGCCGCCUCAGUUCACGCGGGGAGCGGGAGACUCGGCUCUUUGGGAGGAACGGCUGGGGAGAGGCAGAGACAGACCUCGUGCUUCUCGGCUGUGGCGCAGGGUUCAGCAGUGGUACGCUGGCUUCAGAACAGAUCUCUUGGUACUUAUCUGCCCCUUUUAUUUGUUUGGUUUUGUACAUUUUAUUAGAAAUGGACUGUAAAAUAGCCACUUAGACACUUUACCUCUUCAGUAUGCAAAUGUAAAUACAAUGUAAUAUAGGAAAUCUUUUGUUUAAUAUAAAACGAGGCUGUCGAUUUCUGCUGUACAUUAUUAAAAGUUUGUUUUAUUCA